AUGAGCGCACCGGAGAGCCUGAUAGUGUCUGGUGAUAACGCGUUGAUUGCGGAAGAGCGCAUCUGCUUGUCGUUGUCAGCUGUGGCGAACAGUGAACUGAGUGUUUCACGGAUCGGUUCAAUUUACAACAAAGCGGAUAGCGCAUUCAUUGCUCGUUACGUGUCUCUGUUACUGCUUAGUUUCUUCCAGAUUGGCGUAUCGGUUCACGAUAAAAGUACUCCGUUACGUGUGCUUCUCAAUACUGCGACGCAUGCGUUAGGACCUGCACGAUCGUUUGGCGCCGUUCUUCUUGGAUAUCUUGGUCCACUGUUUUUUCGAUUUCUAAUUCUGAAUUAA